GAGGCAGGCAGUCAGCGCGGAACGAGCGGCGCGUACGCACGUCGCGGCUUUACACAGUCGUACGUAAUACGAUCGCGGGACCCAUAUUGUGUCGUAAACUGUCAAUCGUGCCCGUUACAAUAGUGUUUCAUAACAGUUCAGUGAUUUGUUUUUUUUAAAGGACACCCCGCACCAACGACUCUGCAAAGAGAUUAUCGAACACACCUCUUAAAUGCCGCCCUCGACCGGGGCCCGUUGCAGAGACGUCGAAUAAACGAGUAACAAGCCGACAAUGUGACGGAUUGUGGCAGUUUCCCGCCGAAAACUGAUCGUCGACCAUUUUGAAUAUUUCGAAGACAAGUGUUGCCAGCCAAGAGAUGGCGUUAUUAUGGUGUGUGCUGGCGUGCGCGCUGGCCGUUGCGCAGGCGCAGUCGAACUACGGGUCCCAAGCGAACAAUAUCGAAUACCAGGGAGAGGGUCUCCCUGAACAAACCGUUCUAGAUGGAAAGGUUACGAAGCUCGAUGAUUUGAGUCCAGUGAUAUUCCUGAACCGAACGAAGGCCGCGCUCAACUGCGCCGCCGGCGCUAUGCAGAUCGAGUUGAAAUUCAACGAGAAGUUCUAUGGCAUAGCCUAUGCUGACUUCGACCGUCACUCGGCGUGCCAGGUGCAGGGCAAGGGGGCGCUGUCCUACAAGCUGGAACUGCCGCUCAAAGGAUGUGGCACCAAACAGGAUCCUCUCCGAGUGUUCACCAACAACAUCGUGGUGAGGUUCCACCCGGGCCUGGAGAUGGACGGAGACGAGGUCAUCACCAUUGUCUGCCGCUACCCACCACCCAUCGUGCCCAAACCCGUCUUCAAUCCCCUUAUCUUCACGCCCGAGACAGGUCCCCUCCCUGCGAAGGCACCUCUCGCCGGCACUCACAUCUUGAUGAUCAUCUGCGCGAUCCUGUUCCUCACGCUGCUACUCCUGGGUCUCGGAGUCUCCUACCUGUGUCUGAGAAGACGAGCCCUCCCAGCGCCGAGGAGGUUCAUCGAUGAUUCCUCUGCUUCUAUCGUUAGCAGGGAGAGUAUUCAAGAAGUGAAAAUCCCCCGAGCUCACCCCGUGUACCCGGCGGCGGCAGAGGUCGCUAGCGUGGCGUCCGACACGAUACCGUCCGACUACCCGUCGGAGACUCCCAGCGAAGCCGAGCAGGCGCACAGUAACGCUGCCUUCAUGAUGGACGAGUCUUAUCAUAGCGAAGGCUACGGCUCAACCCGCGAGGCAAUAACCCAGAACGCCCGGCUAGUGUCGGGCGCGGCGCCCGCCUUCGACGUGCGCGUGCGCGUGCAGCGCCCACCCGCGCCGCCCUCGCCGCCAUCCACCAUCACGCUCACCGAGACCGACGGCGGCAGUAUACGACAAACGAUGAUGUCGUCUGAGCACGAGCGUCAGGAGUCGGUCCGCACGGUGUCCCCGGUGGCGCUGCCGCUGCCGGCGCGCGCCUCCCAGCUGCCUCCUCCCGAGAGACCUCCCAGACCUCCCGCGGUCUACUCACAGGUCAACAGGGAGAAACAGGAGUGGUCGAGACGGCCGCGGUCCAUCGUCUCCUUGAACACUGAGAUGACUGACACCCACUCAGUCACCGAGGUCACUGACAGAUCACAUGCCAGGAUGUUCCAUAUCAAGAAACCUCCUCCGCCACCUCCUGUAAUGAGGGAGCGCUUGGAGACCGAAGAACAGGAGAUGUUGAUGGAGAGCCUCGAGCCCAUACCGGAGACACCCAUCAUGCCCGCCAGGAAACCCGAGAUCACAUCGCACGUAGUAGACGACGUGUUCCUCCGCACGAUCACAGAGAAGAAGACCAUAGAAGACAUAGAGCGCCACAAGCGCCUGGUCACAGAGUACAAGCAGGUGCCGGCUCCUCCGCCGCAGUUUGACGUCACCAUUCGGAACCACACCGUGCCUGAGGCCCAGUGGGAGAACUUCUCCGACAUCAGCUCAGCAUCAGGCAUGACGCUCACUCCAAAGAUGGAGAGGGUCCCACUGUCGUUGCCGCCGCAGAAGUAUAUUGGCAAAGGCGGCCCCGAUCUAUUCUCCCCCGAAUUAAUCAAGCAGACCGACCGGUCUACCCAGAACUACCAGGCACCACCAUCCGACCUCCCACUCUUGCCGGAGCUACCACCAGCUCGCAACCCACUGUUCAGGGACGAAGAUGACGAGGAUGUGCCAGAACCGAUACCAGCGCCACCUGUGCCGAGCAACUGGAGUGUGCUUACUAGAGUCUUGAAGACUGAGGCUCAGGAUGAGGUACUAUCAGAAACCGAACGUGCAUACCGUCUAACGCGCGAGGAACGUCUCCGCUGGCGCGAACUGAUCACCCACGAGAGCACUCUCCGUCGUGAACUGGCGAGGUCCAGUACUCGCGAGGAGUUCUCCAGGGUGGCACAUGAUCAUCGGUUCGCACCACUCUACGCCCCACCCAAGUGGGAGGUCAUUAUUCGCAUAUUGGCUCCACCACCAGAUAAACCCAAGAACCGUUACCGCAAGAAGACAGAGUGGGACUCCCGCUCCCGACGCAGUUCGCUCCCCACGUUGUACGAGUACGACAGUGACGCCACCUCGCUGCGGGACCCGCAACGUUCGCGCCGCUCCUCGUACCGCAGCGACCAUGUUGAUAUGAGGUCUAUGUCGGAGAUGAUGGUGGACUACGCGCGCGAGCAGGCGGACACGCACUCGGAGGUGUCGGGCGGCACGCAGCUCGGACGGUACUACGACGACGACAGCGACUCCGAACAUCCCUUCCACCAGAACCAGUCCUGGUCCCGCCACUCCCUGCACCGCUCGGUGAGCCAGCCGUCCCUGGCGCGCUCCGCCACGGAGGUGGUGGAGCAGUGGACUGCCCCCGAGGGAGACGUCACUCCCACUCCUGGACGCAGAAUUAGAGGUCCUCAAGGAUUAACGACCUUCACUUCAUCUGAAGUGCGAACCUUCCAGGCGUCCCGAGAAUGGCGCGAAUAAAGCAAGUUAUUCCACAAAAUAAGUCAAGAAACGAAACACAGAUGGCGUUGUACACAAUUUUAUGUAUAUUGAAAAGAAAUCUCAGGAAUUGAUUGUAAUUUAGCAAUAUUAAUAACAAAUUGAGUUUUGUAAGUCUUUGUUUUAUGCUCAAAGUUACUCAAGUGAUAAUUCUUCACUGCCUUUUUAUGAUUUUUCUUACUUUUCCUUAGGUUUUAGUGUAACUAUUCCGUCCAUGAGUGACUAAUACCUAUGAGUGACAUAAUUAUAAUAGUAUAUUUCAUUUUAUAUGUGAAUAUACGUGAUGGGCAGAUUUAAGUACAAGAUUUUAGCUUGGGAGAGAAUACAACUGGCUUUUUUCUUUUGUAGUAUGAUGAAAAUGGAACAAAAAGUGAAUACUUUUCUCUGUCCAUCGCGGAGACAAUAAUGUAUCUGUGUCAAAGAUAUAUUAUCACAUUAUUUGAAUUGUAUACCACUCCAUAUUUCCGUUAUUUAGUGUUGCAAGUGUAAAUUUUUCGCACAAACUUUUCUUUAUUGUAUUUGAAAUUCUCUUUUUUAUUUGAUUGACCUACAUACAUACGUUGUACACAAAAUAUACCAUUACUUUUUAAAUAACAAGGUUUAAAAUGAUCAAUUUUAGUUUAUUAUAAGUUUUAAUAAAAUAUUAUAAUGUACUUAACUAACAUUGUGCCAAAAUGAAUGAUUAACGCUUCUUUUAAAUUUCAAUAUAAUAAAAUUAUUUUUUAUGUAAAUUUUAAAAAUAAUUUUUUGCUUAAUCUUGGGAAAGAUUUUUCAGCCAUUUUUCUUUUUAUUAUUUUUUUAUUCUGCCAAUACUAAUAUUAGUUGUAUAUAGGUAAAUUUAAGUUGACGAUGUGUUGUACCUAGCAGUUGAGGCAAGACAGGGCACAACCUGACCAUUAUAAAAAAAACUAUAUUUUUUUGUGUGUACUAUUAUAUAAGUCAUAAAUAGUACGUUUAUACACAUUUCUGAAUAUUUAUAACCUUAAAAUUGAUACAUUCCAAUAGACACAUUCCAUUAUUUUAAUUUAGAUUUGGAUUUAGUUGGUUUUUAUACUACGACUGUGGCAAGACACAUGGCCCACUUUAUGGUAAGAGGUUACCGUGGCCUAUGAACGCUUGCAACACUUGGGGCAUUACAUGUGCCUUGCCCUUAAGAAACCUAUUAUAUGUCUUAAAGUUUUUGGUUUUUAGUUUAUGUUGCCCAAAAUAUUCUUAUAAAGAAAUUCUUGCCUCGAUUGCUAUGUGAGUGAGGGAUAAAAAAGGGCAAUGGGAUGGUGCAAAAUGUGCAAAUGUGCUCAAUAACCGGUUGUAACCAGUUUUUAAUGAACAUACGAUAAUUUUGAAAAUAAUUAGAGUUCUUUCUCUACUUCAAAAGGCAUUUUUUUCUUCAAAUCAAUGCAUUAGAUCAGCAUUUUAUAAUGAUAAGUCAUUAAUAACAAACGAAUGCAAAAUUUUAAUUCUAAGUGACAGUGACGUUUCAAUUCAAUGUUGCCAGUUCAAAUAAAAGGUGACCACGUGGUGCUAAGAAUAUAAAAAAAAAUAUCUAAUAUUUUUCAGUGUCAAUCGAAUUUGUUUACAUGUAAAUUUUGUAUUUACAUUGUGAAUUUGAUGUAUUUUUUAAUUAAAUAUACGUACCUUAACAUUUUUA